UGUUCCAUUUCUAUCCCAUGUGUGUUGAAACUUUUGUCCCCAAACAAACUCCUACUUACUUAAAUUUCCAACGACUAAUCUCAGAUUUCAACUCAGUCAACAACUGCUACCUUGUAUAAAACCAAACAUCUGCAUUUUUGUUCCAAAACUCUUGCUUCUCACUGCAAAUUUCUGCCAAAGAGUUUCAAUCAUAAAUUCAGCUUGGAAAAAGCGUCAUUUCAGGUACUUUGGUGAGUUUCUUUUUAAAAUGGUGAAGCUACUAUGGGAAGACCUUUGACAUUUCUGCGACCUCCCUAACUGUCCCUCCUUUAUCUCCCACAGAUCCUCAUCAAUCAGACAGAUGGCAGACAGCCACCACCAUCAUCACCGGCCACAUCGCCUAUCAGUCCCAUCACGGACUACUGUGCCCAUAGCCGUGCGCCACACUCCUGCCUAUCCUUUAACCCCGACUCCCACCCCUUCAAAACUCCGACAUCAAUCUAGCAGCACUAUCAACAAUAAAUCUUCAAUCUCAUUCCUAUUCCUCCUCCUUUUCUCCUUGCGAUCCCUCUACUCCCUCCUUCCUUUCCUCCGAUCCUCCCCUUCCUUUUCUUUGUUCCCUUUCUCUUUCCUUGUCUCUCUCCUCUCCUUCCUCCUCACUCUCGUUUUCUCUCUCUGCUCCAAACACCCUCGCGUUCCUCUCUUUUCUCUCUCCUCCCUUUCCCGAUCUCAGGUUAGGCAUCUCCUCUUUAAGUCCUUUCUCCUCGCUAUUGUCUUCCUCUUGCGAUUCCAAGCCCUCCGUUAUUGCGGGACUGCAGCUAUGAUCUUGGCUGAAUUGUCUGGAAAUAUUGCCUUUCGUUUUUGGAAAGACCAGGACUGGGAUCGAGACGGGCAUUCAAGGGUUCGUGGAUUCUUCGCCUUGUUUGUUGGGUUAUUCCUUCUAUCUGUGAGUUGGGAUCGGAUGGAUUGUUUUCCUCUUUCUCAUAGUAAUCUUGAUAAAAUUCAAAGCUCAUUAAUGGUGGUUGUUGAUAUGAAGUGUUUGAGAAUUGUGCCUAUGCUUCUCCCUUUCUUGGCUGGGUUUUUGGGAUGUUGUGAAAGGGAUAUGAUGAAUUGGGGGACUAUUAGGCAAUUGGGUCGAAAAAGGGUGCAGUUGGUUUCAUUGUUCUUCACCACUUUUAUGCUUCUUUUUCCUGCCAUCAUUAAUAUGCUUGUUUUUGAAGCAGAGGGUGGGAGUGUCUCCAUUAUGACUCUGGGUUGGCUGCUGGCAAACACAGUCUUGUUUGGUGUCCUCUUGAAUGAGUGGUAUAAUGAUGAGAAGUUGGUGAAUCCUAGGGACUCCGAGAAAGAGUUUCUCAUCACCUUUGCGUGUACACUUGUUUUGGAGCUCGUUUACUUUCCAGAGCUCUCACUUUGGGGAUUGUUGAUCUGUGGCUUUUUGCUAUGGGUUGCCAUUCGGCAAUUAAAUUGGGCCCAUGCAAGAUUUGUGGAAAUAGGGGCUGAAUCUUCGGAAACAUUCUCUUCGAUGGUAAUGCGGCCAGUUCGCCACGUGCUAAGUGAACGUAAAUCUCGCAAAAUUGCACUUUUCCUCAUGAUUAAUACUGGUUAUAUGGUGGUGGAAUUUGUAGCUGGGUUCAUGAGCAACAGUCUUGGGCUGAUAUCUGAUGCUUGUCAUAUGUUGUUUGAUUGUGCUGCACUGGCUAUUGGGCUUUAUGCUAGUUAUAUCUCCCGUUUGCCUGCUAAUGAGCAAUUUAACUAUGGCCGUGGAAGGUUUGAGGUGCUUUCAGGGUAUGUUAAUGCAGUUUUUUUGGUUUUGGUUGGAGCUCUCAUAGUGCUGGAGUCACUAGAGAGAAUUCUGGAUCCUCAAGAGAUUUCGACAAAUAGUUUAUUGGCUGUUUCUAUUGGGGGACUAAUUGUAAAUGUUGUGGGUUUAAUUUUCUUCCAUGAGGAGCAUCAUCAUGCCCAUGGAGGGUCUUGCUCUCAUUCUCACUCCCACUCCCACUCUGAUGCCCACCAUGACCAUGUUCAUGCUACUGAGAUAAUGCAUGAUGAUGGCAUUUUGGUUUCAGAAGAACGAUUUUCCCAUGAUAAGGGUGAGCAUGAUUCUCUUGAUAAGGACCGUGUUAGAGAUCAACUUGACCAUGGUCACUCUCAUGGAGAUUUUGGCCACAAUCACUCCCAUGGACAUCACAAUCACAGUCAUAGUCAUGCGCACCAUGACCAUGAUCAUAGUCAUGCGCACCAUGACCAUGAUCAUAGUCAUGCGCACCAUGACCAUGAACACAGUCAUGCACACCAUGAUCAUGAACACAGUCAUGGCCAUGAUCACAGCGAUAAUCAUGGACAUCAGGUCGACAAUCACUCUUGUGAUCACCGUGACCAUCAUCAUGAGCAGAGUCAUCAUCUUCAGCAUCAUCACCAUGAUACUCAUGUCUGCAGGAGCAUCACCAAGCCUCUUGGAGCAGAUUCUUGCGGUCAUAGUCAUCAUCCAGACUCAAAGACUGAAUUCGCACAUGAUAAGAAGCACCAUCACCAGCAUAUUGACCACAAUAUGGAGGGCAUCUUCUUGCACGUUUUAGCAGACACUUUGGGGAGUGUAGGAGUUGUGAUAUCAACCCUGUUAAUCAAUUAUAAGGGAUGGCUUGUGGCAGAUCCAGCUUGCUCUAUAUUCAUAUCAGUCUUAAUUGUAUCAUCUGUAAUACCACUAUUGAGGAACUCUGCUGCUAUAUUGUUGCAGAGGGUUCCCCGAGCUCACGAACAGGAUCUUAAGGCAGCUGUUAAUGAUGUUAUGAAGAUAGAGGGAGUUUCUGGCAUCCAGAACCUGCAUGUCUGGAGCUUGACGAACACAGAUGUUAUCGGCACUUUAAAGCUUCAUGUUUCAUCAGACAUUGACAAAGCUGCAACAAAAGCUCGUGUCAUGCACGUAAUUCAGGACGCAGGGGUUAAGGAUCUGACGCUUCAAAUAGAAUGUGGCAAGAGUUUGUAGUUCUUAUCUGUGAAUAGAAUAGAUGUAGACAUACACAAUGCACAUGGAUACUGGCUCUCAUUUCUUCGAAUUUUGUUGCUAUUUUUGUACCAAAUUUUGAUUCUUGAUACAAAUGAGAUAGUAAUUUGUUUUCCCCGAAA